UUAGAACUCUUAGGAGCUUCCAAAAAUCUACUCCGUAUAUUAUUGAUCAGGAGUAAUAAUUUUGUCCUAAAAAAGCCUCUAUAAUUCAUUUUCGACGCUCUAUUUCCUUCCCACGCUCCACCGCACGUGCCACCACAUUUCGAAGCCGGAAAACUCUCUCUCUUCGCUUUCUCUCUCCUUCAAUCUGACUUUCCUAUAUUUAUACCCAAAAAAAAUCCAACACAGAUCUAACACUUUACACUCUGCUAAAGCCACUCUCUCUCUUUCCAAAAUACAAAAAAAAAAGAAAAAAGAAAAAAGAAGAAAAAAGGAAAAGGGGGAAAAUCUUUAAAAAUUUCCAUUUUCUAGAAACCCUAACCCUAAUUUAAUGCAAUUGUUGUAGAUUUCGAUGAUUCAUGCUGUACAUAGAGAGAGAAACAAAAGUCGUUUUCACUUCACAAGAUUUCCGAGGAACUCAAUUCGCUUUUUUUGAAUUCUUCUCCUAAAUUUGAAAUUUGUAUUUAUUUCUAAUUUUGUCAAUUUUCCAAAGCUUUUAAUUGCCCUAUUUUAUGUUAAUUUUUUAUAGGUAGAUUUCUCUCAAGCUUCAAUUAUUUCAAAAAAACAUUUGCGAAAAACAGAAUAGAUGUUUUUGUUCGGAUUUCAGUUUUCAAUUGUUGUAGAGAAACCAAAAUUGUGAUCAUAUCCAGCUAAUUUAUACGUUUAUUUAUUAAAAUGGGGGCGGUGACAUCGACAAUGGCGGCGAAAUUCGCGUUCUUUCCACCAGACCCGCCGUCGUAUAAGGUGGUGGCAGAGGAAGGAACGGGAAAGUUGAAAAUGACUGAAGUGGCGGAGAGAGAAAAUGCUGAUGUAUUGAAGCUAGGUACAAAAAGAGGGAAUGAGAUUGUAGCAGUGUUUAUGAGAAAUCCAAUGGCAAAGCUAACUGUUCUGUAUUCACAUGGUAAUGCUGCUGAUUUGGGACAAAUGUAUGAGCUUUUUGGAGAGCUCAGUAUUCAUCUCAAAGUUAAUUUGAUGGGAUAUGAUUAUUCCGGAUAUGGACAAUCUACAGGCAAGCCGAGUGAGCAGAAUACUUAUGCAGACAUAGAAGCCGCAUAUAGAUGUCUUGUGGAAAGAUAUGGAGUGAAGGAGGAAGAUGUUAUAUUGUAUGGGCAAUCCGUCGGAAGUGGGCCUACAUUAGAUUUAGCUACUCGAUUACCGAAAUUAAGAGCUGUUGUUCUUCAUAGUCCAAUUAUGUCUGGCUUACGGGUUAUGUACCCAGUAAAGAGGUCAUAUUGGUUUGACAUAUAUAAGAAUAUUGACAAAAUUCCAUUGGUCAUUUGCCCUGUUUUAGUUAUUCACGGGACAUCUGAUGAUGUGGUGGAUUGGUCUCAUGGUAAGCAGCUGUGGGAACAUUGUAAAGAAAAGUAUGAACCAUUGUGGGUUAAAGGUGGAAAUCACUGUGACUUGGAGCUUUAUCCAGAGUACAUUAAACAUCUUAAAAAGUUCAUAUCCGUUAUUGAGAAAUCACCAAGUUUACGAAGUGGAUCUGGAUUGAGUUCAGAACGAUCAGAUCAUCCUCGGAGGAGCAGCACAGAUUGCCGUGAUAAUAAAUCAAGACCAAGUGCUGAUCAAAGGGAGAUGCCUAGAGCGAGUAUGGACAUGAAAGAGAAACCUAGGAAAAGCUCAGAUCAAAGAGACAAGUCAAGGACUAGUACUGAUAAGAGAGAAAAGUCAAGAAAGAGUGUAGAUUUACCAGAUAAAGCAAAUAACUCCAUUGAACGUCCUGAUAAAGCUCGCAACAGUGUUGAUAGAUUUGGAGGGAUGAUCAGAUCCGUGGGAUUGUGCAAUAUAGAUUGUUUCAGACCUUCAGCCACAGGGUAAGGCAGAAGGGGAGAGGCCGGGCACACGAAUUGGGAUUUAUUCUAAUUUUAUUUUUCCUUUUAUAUAUUUGAUACUGUUCUGGGGGUUUGGGAUUAUUUUUCCUCGUCUUUGAUAGAAAUAACAGGAAGUUGUUGAGCAAGGCAGAUUGUAUACUGUAUGUCAGUUUUUUUGAUCUGUUGGGAUCAAUGAAGUCUGCCCUGUUGUGUCUUUAUUGUCCAGUUGUGUACUUGUGUAUGCUGAGCAAGACCAAGAGCGGUUUGUGUAAGCUUUGUUUUUCUCAUGUAAAUAUACUAAUUGAACAUCAUUGUUCUAUAUUACUCCGGAAUUCUCAA